AAGUUAAGGCACUUUUGUCAUUUGUUUGUUUACAUCAUAGACCUAAUAAAAUAAAAUGUAUUAUUAGGUCUAUGGUUCACAUCGAGGAACGUAGAAUAUUUUGGUUUUUCAUAUAAAAUUUGAUUGAAUUUGGUGACAUUCUUUCGUCUAUUUAGUAAUAAUGAGUGGCUUCAAUAACAAAUACUACUGUAGCGUGUCUCAGUGUAAAUCUUCGUCAAGACGACCUUCUUGUAAGGGUAUCAGUUUUCAUAAUUUUCCUAAAAAAAACGAACGAAAAGUGUUGGUGCAAACCAGAUUAGGUUCGGAAAAAUAUAUGGACAGACGACAAGCCUGGAUGUAUGUCCUAAAAAUCAGGAAGACUUUGUCUAAGAACAUGAAAGUGUGUUCCCUCCAUUUCACUAAGGAAGACUUUUCCCAAACUAGUGCGAAGAGAUUUUUGAAAAAAAAUGUCGUACCGUCACAGAAUCUACCAGGAAUGCCUGUGGAGCAAGAUGCUAGAGAAAAACAAAAUAUUGAGAUAUCUAAGAGAAGAAACGAGAGAAAGGAAAGGAACGACCCAUUGCAUGUGAAUCAAUGCGAGUCUAUUAUUAGUGAUCCAACCACUCAUUCUGCUCAUGAUGUAGAGGCAGCACAUGCUCUAUUAGAUCUCGCUAGAACUCAUGCAGAAGUGGAUGAGACAAUUUUGGGAACCAUUUUAAAUGAAUCCCCAAUUCUUUUGAGAUCUUCUCGAGAUGCAGAAAUACAAGUGGAUGUGCCGAAAGUGUUCACCUUAUGUGAAUUUCUCAAAACACCUGCUUCAUUGAAAUUCUUCACGGGGCUUAGCAACUUCAGAAUUCUGGAUUGUAUCGUUCAUCUUGUUAAUAAAGUGCACAAAGAUAAAAGAAGUAGAAGAUUGACUGCACGUGAAAGAAUUAUAAUGACUUUCAUCAAAAUGAAAUUAGAUAUGAGUUAUGUCUGUCUUGGAAUAUUAUUCAAUAUUUCUAAUGAAAUGUGCAAACUAUAUUUUAUUGAGAUGGUGCAAAUUCUUAGUAGUGUAUUGAAACCUACUAUAUAUUUUCCUUCUUCUGAUGAAAAUAGAGCAAAUAUGCCAUACUGCUUCAAAAAUUUUAGGAAUGUUCGUAUUAUUUUAGAUUGCAUUGAAAUAUUUGUUCAGAAACCUAAAUGCCUCUGCUGCCGCAUAAAAUUUUAUUCGCAAUAUAAAUCGAGUGCUACUGUGAAAUUCAUGACUGGUGUUACACCAGCUGGAACAAUUUGUUUUGUGAGUGAACCCUAUGGUGGUAGAGCUUCAGAUAAGGCUAUUUUCGAGCAGAGUGGUGUAAUCCAAAAAUUGGAUCCUGGAAAAGAUGCAAUUAUGAUAGAUAAGGGAUUCAUGAUUGAAGAUAUGUGUGCAGCACAUAGAAUUCAACUGAUAAGACCCCCAUUUCUAAAGAAAAAAAAAACAGUUGAGUGCAGAAGAAGCUUGUUUGAAUCGGGAAAUAGCUGCUGCAAGGGUUCAUAUAGAGAGAAGCUACCAGAGAAUCAAAGUUUUCAAGAUCCUGCAUAAUAAAAUACCUUGGAAUAUUGUACCCUAUGUUGGGCAGAUUUUUACUAUAGCUUGUGCUGUAACUAAUUUAUCUGCUCCUAUAUUAGGAGAUAAUCGAUUUUUG